AUGGCGGGGCCCGGUUUCGUCUCACAGCACUCCCGGUUUCGGAGAGAAGGCACGGGUGUCCACGUGUUUGGGCUCUGUGCCACCGCCCUGGUGACAGACGUCAUCCAGCUGGCCACCGGCUACCACGCGCCCUUCUUCCUGACCGUCUGCAAGCCCAACUACACGCUGCUGGGCACGCCUUGCGACGCCAACCCCUACAUCACCCAGGACAUCUGCUCGGGCGCGGACAAGCACGCCAUCCUCUCUGCCAGGAAGACUUUCCCAUCCCAGCAUGCGACGCUCUCGGCUUUUGCUGCCGUCUACGUGUCGAUGUAUUUCAAUUCCAUCAUCUCGGACAGCACCAAACUCCUCAAGCCCAUCCUGGUCUUCGCCUUUGCCAUCGCCGCCGGCAUCUGCGGCCUGACGCAGAUCACCCAGUACCGCAGCCACCCCGCCGAUGUCUACGUGGGGUUCCUGAUCGGUGCCGGCAUCGCCGCCUACCUGGCUUACCAUGCCGUUGGCAACUUCUGCGCCCCAGCAGAGAGGGUCCCGGCACCGGCCCCCACCAAGGACGCGCUGCGGGCACUGACACAGCGCGGCCACGACUCCGUCUACCACCAAAACAAGUCGGUGAGCACCGACGAGCUGAACCCGCAGACGCGGCUGGAGGAGGCGGCACGGCCGGUGCCGCGGGAGAAGAACUCUCUGGGCAGCCUGAAGCGGGCCAGCGUGGACGUGGACCUGCUGGCCCCCCGCAGCCCCAUGGGCAAGGAGAACAUGGUGACCUUCAGCAACACCCUGCCCCGUGUCAACACCCCCUCCAUGGAUGACCCCGCGCGGCGCCACAUGACCAUCCACGUCCCCGUGGACGCCUCCCGCUCCAAGCAGCUCAUCACCGAGUGGAAGCAGAAGUCGCUGGAGGGCCGGAGCAUGACGCUGGCGGAGGAGGCGGCGCAGGGCCGGGGCGCCGGGGACACCGGUGAUGACGUCCCCCCGUCGCUCUACCCCACGGUGCAGGCGCGCGCGGCCGAGCGGGCGGCCAUGGGGCCCCGCGUCCUCAUCCAGCCGCGGGCGGGCGCCUCGCAGCUGGUGCACAUCCCCGAGGAGAGCCAGGCGGGCGCUGGCACCACGGCCAGCAGUGGCGCGGCCGUGCGCGCCAAGUGGGUGAUGGUGGCCGAGAAGGGGGCUGCCCAGCGGGUGGCCAACCCCCCGCGCCUCAUGCAGGUCAUCGCCAUGUCCAAGCAGCAGAACAUCGUCUCCAUCACCCCCAAGCACUCGGAGACCUCGUCGUCCUCCACCAGCUCUGACUCCUCCCAGUACCGCUCGCCCUCGGAGCGGGACAGCUCCAGCAUCAUCACCAUCGACGCCCACGCCCCCCACCACCCCGUCGUGCACCUCUCCGCCGGGAAUGGGCCCUGGGAAUGGAAGUCGGGGCCGAAGGGGCCGGAGGGGCCGGACGCCUACGAGCUGGGUGAGGCGGGGAAGGAUUUCCGCGGCUUCCGCGCGCCCAAGAGCGCCGGCAUCUCCCCCGGCUCCUCCGUCAGCGACAUGGAGCAGGACGAGCCGCGCUACGGCAGCCUGGCUGCCAUCCCGGGGGAGCGGGGGGACGCGCCCCCCGAGGGGCUGCUGGGCACGGCCAGCCGCGAGUCCACACUGCGCAGGAAGCCGGCCGAGCGCGACGGGCCGGCCGACAGCGAGGUGGACCACUACUACAAGAAAAUGCAAGCCAGCCGGAGGUUUAAGGACUGAGCCCCCGCGUCCCUGCCCCAGCUGGGGGGCCGAGGGGGGCUCCAUGAUGCUGGGGUUCCUCUCUGUCGGGAGGGCAUCAGGACGCGGCUGGCUUUGGCAUCGGGGCGACCGAGCGGCACGAGGAUGCGGCACAGGAUGUGACACCGGCCCCUGAGCCAGCGGGACCCCCAGCAGCUGGGGGGCUGGGGGGGUCUCUUCUCCACGGCCCGUAGGGCUGGGCAGCUCCAAGCACUUUUGACUUUCUUUUUCUCUCUAACACAGGUGCCGACAUUUCUGAGAGGGUGAUUUAUUCCAGCUGGGGAAGUGUACGUCUGUUCGGGGGGGAGCAAACGGUGCCGAAGGGCUUGGGGGGGGCUGGAUGGAGGGGUCUUGCAGGGAGCUGCAAUGGGUCCCGGCUCACACGGAUGUGUGAGUGGGUGCUGGGGGUGCUGUGCGGGGGGUUGUCGCAGCCCCCCCAUCCAGGACCACUGGUCUGUGUUGGGGGGGGACGGUGCCGGGAGGGAGGCUGUAAAUAAAAUAGUGCACGGGCUGAAACAGAGGGUGGACGUUGGGGUGGGGACACAGGGGCAGGGCCGGCACGGGGGGACACCAGGGCCAAGCUCUGUCCCCAGGAGCAGCAACCCUGGGCUGGGGAAUGAGGGUUUGGGGAUAUGGGGGGGUCUCCAGGCUCUGAACUUCUGUCGGGAAACGGCUGGAACUGCUGUGGUUUGAAAAGCAAAUAAAUGUGUGGAUGUUC